UAAAAUGUAGAUAGACAAAAAACAAACAAUUAGAUUUGGAGCAAUAAUGGAUGCUUUAACCUUAAGCUCAAGUGUGAACAUUUCCAAACCAUUUCAUAUCCUUGCACUCUCAAAGAAGCAGCAAAGAGAAAGACAUCCUCGUACGCAGUUUGGUGUUUCAUGCAGAGGCAGAAAAGAGCUUGGAGGUGGUGUGGAGGACAACUUGUACAAGGUACUAAGCUUGAGUCCCAAAAGUGCAACCACGGAUGACAUAAAGAAAGCAUACAGAUCAAUGGCGCUUCGGUACCACCCUGAUGUGUGCCAGGAUUGUUCCAAGAAGGAGGAAUCAACGAGGAUGUUUGUGCAACUCAACGCAGCUUACCAGACCUUAUCGAAUCCUAGGCUUCGAGCAGAGUAUGACUGUGAAUUGGGUUUGAGAAGUGAAAAGAUCAGUGUUGGUGAUGAGACUUGGAGAUAUAUAUGGCAGAAUCAACUUGCUGAGUUGAAGAGAAGGUCUCACAUACGUAUGGCACAAAACCAAGGAUCAUGGGGCAGUAGAAUCAGACCGCAAAACAUCAAUUGAAAUUAGAUAUUUAUCCCAAUUACUUUUCUUUCCGUAUCGGAUCAUUACCUGUUAAUAUGUUAUGUAAUAUAUAUGUUGUUGAGUUUUUUAAUUUACAAAAAAAAAUGAUAUGAGAUGCUGGUGAUAUUUUAUUUUUUGGGGUCAGCCAAUGAAAUGAAGGGUACCAGUGGUACCAAAUCAGUAAAAAGAAAUCAAGUUACAGAUAAAGGAAGGACCCUAAGCACAAUCCUUUCUGAAGAUAACUCGAUACUGGUACUGGCGUACUGCUAAGUAGUAUCAGUUUACAUAGCCCUUUGAUCCCACACACCACACCACAUUUCCCUUUCUUUCUAUUAAGACACAGAACCCAUGAGCCAACAACAUGUAAAAGUUUUACUGGGAUACAAGUGUAAAUGUAAACGUAAGGUAAAGUUUCCCAAUGAAUAAAAGUUAGAAAGUUAAAUCUCA